CCACCCAUUCCCUUCUCUUCUCCCUCUCUUUAACUCGCUCUCUCUAAACCAGAGCCCCCAAUUUCUAGAGAGAGGAGCGAAUUCUUCCCUGAAAUGAAACAAAUUCUGGGAAAAUAACAAGAGAUAAGGCAAAAUUUCUCACUUCCAAACAGAAAAAAGAAAAAGCUCCUUUCCUCUAAAAGAUGUCUCAUUUGGUGUUUCAUACAGCUCAAAUCCCCACCGCCACAACCGCCGCUAAGACCUUACCGUUAAAGCCAAGUCUGCCUCCGAUUCCUCAACUGUGUCCAAGGCAGCAGUUGCCCGCAAUCCAGCCGGUGACAUGUAAAUUACGAAGGAAUCUUAUCAUUAAGUGCUCGUCUCCUUCGAUAAUCGAUGGCGCUGAUGCCGUUUCGGCUUUAGAAAGAUGCUUUCUUGCUCCGGAUGCUGCACCGGUGGAUUUAGGUUCGGCGUCGAGUUCGAGAGGGGAGUUUGGACCGGUUAUGAAGGGGAAAUUCGGUGCUUUUGGGGCGGUUACUUUGGAGAAAGGGAAACUUGAUUUGACGCAGAAAGAGUCCAAGGUUAGCCCUGAGGUUGCUCUUGGGGGAGGUGGUGGAGAUAUUGGGAAAAAAAUAAAUCACGGUGGCGGUGAUGGAGGUGAUGAUGAUGGUGAUGAUGAUGAUUACUUUGAUGAUUUUGAUGAUGGUGAUGAGGGAGAUGAAGGUGGACUAUUCAGAAGGAGGAAAUUUCUUGAAGAGCUUUUUGAUAGAAAAUUUGUAGAUGCUGUUUUGAACGAAUGGCAGAAAACAAUGAUGGAUUUGCCUGCUGGAUUUCGACAAGCCUAUGAGAUGGGUUUGGUCAGCUCAGCUCAAAUGGUCAAGUUCCUAGCGAUUAAUGCCAGACCAACAACUACUAGGUUUAUCUCUAGAACGCUUCCUGAAGCAAUUUCCAGGGCAUUUAUUGGAAGGAUGCUUGCAGAUCCUGCCUUUUUAUAUCGGCUUCUUUUAGAGCAGGCUGCUACAAUUGGUUGUUCUGUUUGGUGGGAGUUGAAAAAUCGCAAAGAUAGGAUAAAGCAUGAAUGGGAUCUAGCGCUUGUAAAUGUACUUACAGCAACAGUUUGCAAUGCCAUAGUUGUUUGGACGCUUGCUCCUUGCCGUUCAUAUGGAAACACAUUCCGUUUUGACUUGCAAAAUACACUACAGAAGCUCCCAAACAAUAUAUUUGAGAAGAGUUACCCGCUUAGAGAAUUUGACUUGCAAAAGAGGGUCCAUUCGUUCUUCUAUAAGGCUGCUGAGUUAUGUGUGGUUGGAUUAAGUGCUGGGGCAAUCCAAGGUCAAUUGUCAAAUGUCUUGGCCAGUAAAAAGAAAGAUAGGUUAUCUGUGACAGUCCCGCCUGUGAGUAACUAUGCGCGUGGUUAUGGUGCUUUCCUUGGACUUUAUGCAAACCUGAGAUACCAGCUAUUAUGUGGAUUUGAUAGGGCAAUGGUCAGCCAUUUUGAUGUUAUUGGAGUGGCACUGUUUUUCAGCACAGCUAUGAGGAUUUUGAAUGUACAAGUCGGAGAGACAUCAAGACUGGCCUGGAUAGGGGCAGAGGCAGAUCCUCUGGCCCAGUCGGAUACCCUUUUGAAGGCUUACAAUAGACCAGUUGAAGAUGUUGCUACAUCAUCUUCAAAAUGGUUUAUAUCAAAGAAAACCUUUGUUUCUGGGCUAGGGCUUCUUGGCAUCAAACAAGGGAGCGUUGAUUCUGUUGACGGGGGAGCAUCAGCUCCAAAGACACGAAGAAAAAGGGUUGUCCGGAAGAAGGUUACUGCAGGUUCAGCAUAAUUCAGUUGAUGUGAUAAUCACCGUCACAAUUCAAUUUUGCUACCGCGUAGAUAACAUGAAAGCAAUGCAUCAAUUUGAGGAUUAAAAACAGCUGGGAGUAAAUUCAUCAUGAUUCUUCUUACAGUAUAUCUGCACAAGAGUCGCAAAAUCGAACCGAGAGGCAAGGAACUGUUACCUGAAGAAUUUUCUUUUUAGGGGGAAGAUAUGUCUUGAUUCUUAACUCAGUUGUUUUUCUGUUGUAAUACGGUAUUUUAAGUUGAAUCUUGACACCUGACAUGGACUGCCUUAGGUUAGCUUUGAACUAACAUUUGUUGUUUUUUUGAGCAAUGAUUAAAUAAUCUCUCAUAAAUCUUGAAGCUCAACUCUUCUGUGUGAA